AUGGGUUCUAUACAAACCGAAUUAUCGCUGCUGCAAAAAGCUCCCCUUUUCCCUCCCGACCCGAUAUUUGGGCUCACCAAACAGUAUCUUGCAGAUGGCUCUCCCAACAAGAUACUUCUCGGCGGCGGCACCUAUCGCGAUGAGAAGGGGCAGCCGUGGGUUCUGCCAUCUGUUGGGCUAGCAGAAGAGGCCGUAAGGGGUUCUGGCCACGAACACCUUCCCAUAGCCGGUCUCCAAUCAUUUCGAGAUCGAGCUGCGGAGCUGAUCCUUCACGGAACGCAAGCAUUAAAAGGCGGAAGAAUUGCUUCUUGCCAGUCUCUGUCCGGGACAGGAGCACUCUUUUUGGCUGGCGCUGCAUUGAGAGAGAUAGAUCCAAGCCCCAGAGACCUUUUACUCACAUCGCCAACUUGGGCUAACCACAAGCGCAUCUUCGAGUCAUUGGGUUUCGUGGUAAAAGACCUGCCAUACUACAAGAAUCAACGUUUCGACUUGGACAGCUACCUGGGAGCCCUGGACUCCUCUCGUCCUGGUUCGAUCGUCAUUUUACACGCAUGCGCACACAACCCAACGGGUUGUGAUCCAACUCGAGAACAGUGGAAGAGGAUAGCGGCCGUGGUCGAAGCUAAAAGCUUGUUUCCCAUCUUUGACAGCGCAUAUUUAGGGUUCAAGUCUGGAGACGUCGAUGCCGACUCGUGGGCAAUCAGGUAUUUUGUGGAAGACUUGGGCCUGGAAGCAGGAAUUUGUGUAUCAUUCUCCAAGAACAUGGGUCUUUAUGGAGAAAGAAUUGGUUUGGUGGCAUUUGUCACUAGAGACUCGUCUCUAACGCAAAACGUUGUUACAGUGCUCGAGCGUGUUCAGCGCGCGACUGUUUCCACUCCGCCAUUGUACGGCGCAAAGCUAGUAUCGACCAUUCUGGGGACCUCAGAAAUAAAAUCCCAAUGGGAAAAGGAUAUCAUCACCAUGUCUAGCCGGAUCUUGGCGGUGCGCCAAAAGCUUCACCAGAGGCUGCUAGAGCUGCAGACACCAGGAGACUGGUCGCAUAUCAUAGCGCAAGAGGGCAUGUUCAGCUAUCUAGGGUUGAGCCCAACGCAGGUGGCUCAUAUUCGAGAUGAAUAUCAUAUUUAUAUGUUAGGAAGCUCAAGGAUAGCGCUUACCGGUCUCAAUGAUGGAAACCUGGAGUAUGUCGCUCAAUGCGUGGACAAAGCGGUCAGGCAGAUAGAGUAA